UUAAUAGAUAUCCCGCUUUUCUUCCCAUUUCCCCAAAAAAUCUCUCGGAUUUUUUUUAAAUUUUAUUUUAUUUUUUCUAUAACGAAGAAAUGCAAGAACAAGGAACGAGUUCAAUAGCAGCUAGUUCCUUACCUUCAAGCAGUGAAAGAUCUUCAAGCUCUGCUCUUCAAGUUGAAGUCAAAGAAGGUAUGGAAAGUGAUGAAGAGAUCCGGAGAGUGCCUGAGAUAGGAGGCGAAGCAUCAGCAGCUCCGGCCGCCGGUCGCGAACCCUGUUCACUGACCCGACCGGACCGGCCUCAACCAUCGGGUGAAGGCGGUCAGAGAAAGAGAGGGAGAAGCCCAGCGGAUAAAGAAAACAAGCGCUUAAAGAGGUUGUUGAGGAACAGAGUAUCAGCGCAACAAGCAAGGGAAAGGAAAAAGGCGUACUUGAAUGAACUGGAAACCAGAGUUAGAGACUUGGAGAAGAAGAACUCUGAACUAGAAGAGAGGCUAUCCACGUUGCACAAUGAGAAUCAGAUGCUUCGACAAAUAGUGAAGAACACAACUGCUAGCAGGAGAGGUGGAAAUGGCAGUUCAAAUGCAGCUGAUGGAACCCUUUAAAGGAAAUGCAUGGGUAUAAAAAAUUAUAAAGGGAUUUUUUAAAAAUAUAUUAAUUUUAUGCUUUAGGAAAAAAACCUCUAUUAGCAAUGCAAUGAAGUAGCAAAACAUGACAAUUGGAACUUUGGUUCUCUCUAAUCUUAAUCAUAAAAGUAAAUUAUCAAAAGAA